UCUAAUACUCCAUUGUCAAAGCUCCUAUCUAUUGCACGCGCUCCAGCCUCGAGUUAAACUAAUAUAUCAUCCCACCAUCUUCUCAUUUCUCAAAACAAAUUAAAAUAAACAAACAAAUAAAUAUAUUCAAGUACAAAUAUUUAAUACAUAUAUAUUUAAACUUUUAGGGUGUAACAAAUGACUGCGUUUGAGUCCUUGUCUCCCCCACCUCUCUUUCUUCUUCCCUUCCCUUUCUCUGCACUCAAAUCCUCACCACUUUGUUUUCUAUUUUCUCUAUUCAAAUCUAGCCUUCAACUUCCAUAACUCUCUUUUUCUAUAUUUUUCUUUGUCUUUCUUUUUUUUAAUCUCUUAAAAUAAACGAAAAAAAAACAGUUUAGUUUUUAAAAUUAAUCUUGCUUUCAUUUUUUAUAAUUUUCUUGUUUUCUGUUGCUUCUGUUUCUGUUUCUUUUCAUGUUGUGUGGACAUGGCUGGUUUGGAUUUAGGCACUUCUCGUUAUAUUCAUCAGCUUCACCAACAAGACUUACACCUCCAAAGACAACAACAAUCAGAUCAAAACGAAGAUGAUGACAACAAUACAGGUGGUCAUUUUUCCGGUGACCACCGAGACGAUGGCGGCCACCACGGCCUUGACUUGGUGGCUGCCAACGCCAGUCCGGGCGAUAUCAUGGCUCGUCGGCCUAGAGGCCGACCACCCGGAUCCAAAAACAAGCCCAAACCUCCGGUAAUUAUCACUAGAGAGAGUGCAAACACUCUCCGAGCUCAUAUUUUGGAGAUCGGGAAUGGGUAUGAUGUGUUUGAUUGUAUCGCGACGUAUGCCAGGCGGCGGCAGCGUGGGAUCUGUGUACUGAGCGGCAGCGGCACGGUGGCGAACGUUAGUUUGCGGCAGCCGGCGACUGCUGGGGCUGUGGUGACGCUGCAUGGGAGGUUUGAGAUUCUUUCGCUUUCGGGUUCUUUUUUGCCUCCACCGGCUCCGCCGGGUGCGACGAGUUUGACCGUGUUUUUGGCCGGAGGGCAGGGCCAGGUUGUCGGAGGAAGUGUGGUGGGGGAAUUGACGGCGGCUGGGCCGGUAAUUGUGAUUGCUUCAUCGUUUACGAAUGUGGCUUAUGAGAGGCUGCCGUUGGAGGAGGAGGAGGCAAUUCAGAUGCUGCCGCCGGUGUCACAGGGUUCCGGCAGUGGCGGUGGUGGUGUUGGCAACAACCCAUUUCCUGACCCUUCUUCUGGACUUCCAUUCUUCAAUUUGCCACUCAAUAUGCCUAAUGUUCAGCUACCAGUUGAUGGUUGGGCGGGAAAUUCAGCUGGCCGGCCUCAGUUCUGACUUCGGCGUGCAUGUAAUGGGUGAAUUUUUCCGGUGCCGGCUUCGCGGUUUCCGAACUGAUAGAGAAGAAAUUCAAGCUUUUCGGAGCCGAUUGGAUGGGGGUGAAAUAGGGUUUCUUGAACCAUGAAGGUUAGCUGCAGACCAGUGCAUCAUCUUCACGGAUCAUCAUAAUCAUGGUUCUCUUUUUAUCUCUUGUUUUGGGGUUUUUGUAUCUUUGAUUCUGGAAAUAGUCUUCUUGCUGUUCUUCAU